CCUACUCUUUCAGUUUGGGCAUGUAGUGGAAGGUACUGAAACUAUGGAUCAAAGCGGAGAGAAUUCCAUGCCUUCAUCUCAAGCCGAGGAAGCAGUAAUCAAGAAAAAGUAUGGAGGAAUUUUACCAAAGAAACCACCACUUUUAUCCAAGGAUCAUGAACGUGCUUACUUUGAUUCUGCUGAUUGGGCUCUUGGGAAGCAAGGUGCACCUGCUGAGAAGCCCAAGGGACCGCUAGAAGCACUGAGGCCAAAACUGCAGCCCACGCCGCACCAGCAAGUUCGAUCAAGACGGUCAAUUUACACAUCUUCCGAUACUGAUGAUGGAAGCAAUGCUGCUGCAGACGAGAUGAACACGAGUUGAGCAAGAUUGUCGAAUGUCUCUCCCAUGGAAACCCUUUUCACCCUGCAAACUUUAGCUUGUUGUUGCAAUUAAUGAGUCCGUAUUUCUAUGCUCACAUGAAUAAGCAAAAGAGAUGUUUGUUCGGAUUGCUUACUAGUCGCUGCAAUUUAGCUGCUGUUUAGAUUUUCAUCACUAGAACUCCAGGUGGCAAUUUUUUAUGAUUUAAAACGAUUAUCUGACAUAUAAUGUGUGUUAAACUUGUUGGCUCAGAUUCCUACUUUUUUCUCAAAUUGGUAUUGAUUACAUGUUGCUGGUAAA